AUGCCACUCCCACAAGGUCUGCGUGCCGAAUUGAAAUUGCACCCUGAUGUGCAGUCGUUGGAUGAGGAAUGGUCUGGGGUCACGGACCCUGUCACUCGUCGUAAACUUCAGAACCGAUUGAACCAGCGGGCGGCGAGACGACGCAAGGCCGCACUGAAGAAGUCUGCGGAGGACGCCUCUGCGAGCACUAGCUCUUCUCCAGCUCCAAAUCCCAAAGAGGUUCCACUGGCAGAGCGAGCCGAUCUCAACGACCUGUUGGCCCUGAGGAAUAAGAGGCUCAAUCACAUUGAAUGGAACACUGCGCUUCAGUCGACCGGCCCGACAGAUCGGUCGCCAUUUGUGUCCAUCCGGAGCAAGAACUCCUGCCAGCGAUGGUACGAAGUGCUGCUGGAAAACCGGCUAGCCAUAGUCAAGGAUAUAGGGGAGAAGUUGUUGAGAGAUCAGGACAACGCAUGGAUGUAUCCGCUUCCGUCCGACCACCUGAUCUCCCUGGUCUACUACAACGUGUACCGAGCGUUCAUCUCAAACACCCAUUUGCUGGGGCUUGACCUGAACUUGAUGUACCUCGACGACUACCCUUCCCCGUUUCUACCCCUGUCGCAGAGUGCCACAUCCAAUAUACGGCACUUGCCACCCUCGCUGCAGCCGACGGAGCUGCAAAAGACCAUAGCACACCAUCCGAUGUGGGACAUCUUCCCGGAUCCGCAAAUCAGAGACAACAUCCUCCGAUACGGGGAAGAAAACAUUGACGACCUUCAGCUGUGUCUCGACAUGGUUGGGGAUGGCAACUACACGGGCUUGGGGAACCUCGACACUCAGCAAAAGAACGGAUUGAUCGUGUGGGCAGAACCGUGGGAUUCGACGGGAUGGGAAGUGACAGAGUCAUUUGCGCGCAAAUGGCCCUGGCUGCUCAAAGGAGCGAUCAAUGUUCAGCUGUCCACGAACAGAUGGCGGACGAGCCGUGGAGAGGAGCCCCUGGACUUUGAGAGGGUUCUAGAAGUUGAGUGA